AUGGCAAACGACGAACCAGAAAAAACUGCUCGACGUGCAUCUCGAUCACGUUCUCGAGAGCGUAAAUCUCGUCGUCAUCGUGAUCGUUCACGAGAAAAAGAGCCUAAACGUCGACGAUCACGCUCGCCACAUGAAAACUAUCGUGCUAAACAUAGUCGUUCGCGUUCACCUAAAGAUCGAUCGAAGAAAGAAAACAAGCCCGAAAAAAAACCUGUAAAAAAAUAUAAAUAUUGGGAUGUACCACCUGUUGGUUUUGAACAUAUUACACCUGUUCAAUACAAAGCUAUGCAAUCGGCUGGACAAAUUUCUCAAAUUUUCACUGGAAAAGACUGGAGUGCGAAUACAGCAGCUGCGACGCCGGUACUUGGUAGUCAUGUUGUUCAUCAGUCUCGUCGUUUAUAUGUUGGAAACAUUCCAUUUGGUGUUUCAGAAAAUGCCAUGAUGGAAUUUUUCAACCAGCAAAUGCAUUUAACUGGUCUAUCACAAACAGAAGGAAAUCCGGUCAUUGCUGUUCAAAUAAAUCUCGAUAAAAAUUUUGCUUUUCUUGAAUUUCGCUCAAUUGAUGAAACAACAGCUGCUAUGGCAUUUGAUGGUAUUGUUUUUCAGGGACAAUCACUGAAAAUUCGUCGUCCAAGAGAUUAUCAGCCAAUGCCAGGUGGCGGUGAUUUACCUAAUACUGUACCCGGAGUUGUUUCUACUGUUGUGGCUGAUUCACCAUUUAAAAUUUUUCUUGGUGGUUUACCAAAUUAUUUGAAUGAUGACCAGGUCAAAGAAUUGCUAAUGAGUUUUGGUCCAUUGAAAGCAUUUAAUUUAGUUAAAGAUGCAGCAACAGGACUUUCCAAAGGAUAUGCCUUUUGUGAAUAUGUUGAAGCUAAUGUAACUGAAGCAGCUAUUCAAGGUCUCAAUGGAAUGCAAUUAGGUGAUAAGAAAUUAAUUGUACAAUUAGCCAGUGUCGGAGCGAAGAAUAUGCCAGGAAUGCCCGGUGCUAUCGGUGUUCAAUUGCCAGGUGUUAAUUUAUUGGCACCAACUGUAUCUACAGAAGUUUUGUGUUUACUAAAUAUGGUUACAGAAGAAGAAUUACGCGAUGAUGAAGAAUAUGAAGAUAUUAUGGAAGAUGUAAGAGAAGAAUGUGGUAAAUACGGAUUUGUUAAAAGUCUCGAAAUUCCUCGACCAAUUCAAGGUGUCGAUGUACCUGGUGUUGGAAAGAUUUUUGUUGAAUUUACUUCCAUAAAUGAAUGUCAAAAAGCACAACAAGCUUUAACUGGACGAAAAUUCGCAAAUCGUGUGGUUGUCACAUCGUACUAUGAACCAGAUCGAUAUCAUCGGCGCGAAUUCUAA